UUUAGUGUGUUGAUAAUAAGGGAGACUUCAGUAGGGUACGUUCCUCGCAAUUUGCUGGAGGUUUGUUCCUGGGACACCGGGAAGCCGAACUCGAUACUGUGUAACGUGUCUGUGACACUAUAAGCUUCAAGAAGAAGAAGCAGCCGGAGUUAAUGAGUUGAAGAACAACAAGUUACCAUCAUGUACCGUGUUCUGUCAUCAAGGACGUGUGAAUUGUGUACCAAAGCAUCAUUGCUGUUUGCUGUUAGGUGCAAACCAAGAAAUAUUCACCAAUAUCCUCAAAUACUCUAUGGGUCAUUUCCUGUACAGAGUGAUCUCCCAGUUCAACUUUCAGGAGUGUCUUCACAUCGCAGUUUAAACACACAUUGUUGGCUGCGGGACAGGGACAAGACAGUGAAUGUGGAUUUUUCACAAGAUCCCAAGGUCCAAGAGUGGUUAAAGGAGGUGCAAAGUGAUAUUGCAAAAGAAGGAACUCAGAGUGAAUUUAACAAAUAUAGAGAUCAUGAUAUUAAGAGUGAAACUUGUAUAUACAAAGGGACUCUAAGUAAUGAUAGUGAUUUAGAAGAAAUGGAAAGUGAAUCAACCAUAAAGACCGUUGGUGCUUCUGGAGAGACUGGAGAACAUUUAGAAGCCAAGCUAUCAACAAAUAAAUGGACCCAGCACAUUUAUCAGAAAUACAAGAAGUUUGAUGGAAGUUCAUUUGAAAUUAUAUACGAUUAUGAUGAAGAACAAUUACGAAGAGAGGAAGGAUUAUUUAAAGAAGAAAUAAAAGAAAAAGAAACUGCUUUAGAACGUGGCAAAACUGGAGUAUUUGAUGUAGAAGAACUGGUAGAUUUCCUCAGAGAAGAAAAUGCUAAGGAUAUUGCAGUCAUUCACGUUCCUCCAGAUAUAAAGUAUGUUCAAUAUCUGGUUAUUGUUUCAAGUCAUUCUAAAAGACACACCAGUGCCUUGGCUCAGCUUCUUCGUAAAGUUUACAAGCGGAAAAAGCAUCCUCAAGAUCCACCAGUGAUUGUAGAAGGAAAAGGAUCAGAUUGGAUAGCAAUGGAUAUGGGUAACAUUGCUUUGCAUAUCAUGAAACCUCAGCAGAGAGAAAUCUAUAACCUGGAGACUCUGUGGACAGUUGGUCCACAGUAUGAUGAGCAAUGUCAGGAGAAAGAAGAGAGUCUCAUGGACAUGUCUGAUCCUUUGGCUGGAUUCACAGCAUCAACCCUUCCUUCUGAAAAUAAAUCAGUGUAAAUGCUAGAUGUUGCUUUUUCUAUGACAUUAAUUUUAUUUUCUGUUAUGCAUUAUUAAUUUAGGCUUCAGAUGUUUUGACUCUUCACUUUCUAUUUUCCAGCUUUAAUAAAAAGUUCAGUUUAGUUUUAAUUUGUUCAGUGAACUAUACUGGAAUGUUUGUGACUACCAUUAUUGAGUAAGCGAGAGAUAACACUCCAGUACUUAUUCAAUGUAUAAAAGUUAGACUUGGUUUGAUAACUAGAUUUGCAUUAGUUAGAUCAUAGAAUAAUACAGUAUAUAAUUUUAUUUAACACGUAUAAAGUUAGACUUGGUUGAUAAGUAGAUUCAUUUUAAUAGAACCAUAGAAUAAUACAUGAAGCGGACUUGAUCCAUUUCAUCACAGGUAUAUCCGAUCAGCACUUCAUCCACAAUCUUUCCAUUUUCAUUAUUCCUGGACAAGUGGCUCUGCCCAGGAACAACAAGCAUACACACUUGCAUACUAUCAUCAUUUGGUCUCCAAUUUUUCUGUGGACUUAGUGUUUAUUGUCAUUAAAGUAUAGUGUACAGUGUUAUUAACAGUGUUGCCAAGAAGUGUGUGAACUUGAGUGUUAAGCAGAAAUUUUAAUUUCAGAAAUUUGAUUUUGCCUCAUUGAAAAGACUAGUUACUAUUUUUGUCCAAGCUUGCCUAUAUAGUGGAUUUUUUAUUAUAAAUUCAUUUGAAAAAAUGCAUUCAAAAUCAAAUAGCAUGUGAAAAGGACUUCACAGUAUGUGCAAUUUGAUUUUGGAUGCACUUUCAAUUGAAUUUAUAAACAAUUGCAGUACGUAAAUUUAUUUAUUCCAUUACUUUUCCCGCUAGUUAUCCUCAGCCUUUUAGUGCUUUAUGGCCCAUAUGGCUUUCAAGCCAUAUUGGUCAUGUGUACAGCAACAUUGGGGGUAACUCAAGGACUGCAAAGUGACUGAAAAAAUCAAGUUCUUUGUGAGGUUAGAGUGGGAGUAACGCAGCUCAACCGUAACCAUUUUUCCCUUAUAAUUUUCUAUACCUGUAUCCACCAAUAACCAAACUGUGAAACCAGGUACUGUAUUUGAUACUGACACGAUGAGGAAAAUAACACCUGUGUAAACACUUAAGACAUUUUGUUAGGAAACAUCUUGGUCCUGGGACUUUGUUCAUUCCUAUGAUAGGAGAGAACAUGGUCUCAGGACUGGCACAUUUCUUAAUGAAAUGAGCCAAGUGUUUGCACACGUGUCCUUGUUUUAAUAAACAAAUUGCAAUAAUUG